AUGAGUUUUGGGAGUAAAGAGGAUUCAGAGAACCUCAGAUCUGAGUCCAGCUUUUCUAACAUAGAGAGUUUUCACUCUCAGUACGUCCUUGGAAAGACCAUCAGCCACGGAGGCCGCUCCAAUGUGAAGUUGGCCCAUCACCGCCUCACAGGCACCCCCGUGGCUGUCAAAAUUAUUCCCAAGCAAGAGAACUGGUGCCAUCCUGUCACAUCAGAGGUGGAGAGCAUGAUGACUUUAAAUCACCCCAACAUUAUCUCUCUGUUCCAAGUCAUCAAGACAGAGAAGAGAAUAUACCUGAUCAUGGAGUUGUGUGAGGGCAAGUCACUUUACCACCACAUCCUAGAGGCUGGCCACCUGCAGGAGGAUGAAGCCAGGGCAAUCUUCACACAAAUUUUACAUGCUAUGAACUAUUGCCAUGACCAAGGUAUAGUUCAUAGAGAUCUCAAGCCGGACAACAUCAUGAUAGAUAGCAAUGGAAAAAUAAAAGUAAUUGACUUUGGGCUGAGUGCCCAAGUGAAGCCAGGACAGCGGCUGAGCUAUCACUGUGGGACUUUCCCCUUUGCUGCGCCUGAGCUCCUCCUUGGCAGACUAUAUGACGGCCACAAGCUCGAUGUAUGGACCCUGGGUAUCGUUUUGUAUCUUAUGAUCACCGGAAGGGUACCAUUUGAUGCUUCCAACUUACUACAUUUUCGAAGACAGGUUGUGUCAGGAAAGUAUCCUGUCCCCUCUCGCCUAUCAAGAGAACUCCAGGACCUGGUUAGGAUUUUACUUAUAGCAGACCCCAAACAGAGGCCAACCAUUGGUGAAGUUCUGAAGCAUCCCUGGGUCAGAGAAGAUUCCCAGGUGUUCAUGCAUCCUUGUGAGGAGCUGCCCACCCUCGGCCCAGAUGUGGCCAUUAUAAAAGCCAUGGGACACCUUGGCUUCAGAGAAGAAGAUAUAAAAGACUCUCUAUUUCGUAAAAAAUACAACCAGGCCAUGGCCUGUUAUAGUUUCCUGAAACAGCAGGCUGUGAAACAACAUGAAUGUGACAGCCUGACCCGUUCUAAGCCCAUGAAUCCACUGAGGACACCUUUACCUUCCCCUGAUGAUCCUGCCACUUUCAAACUUGAACAAAGUUGUAGAGAAAAGCAAAGAGCAUUACACUGGUCAUCUUACACGAGUGAAGGUCAUUUCACUCCUAGAGAGAGGAGAGCAAGAAGUAAGAUCACCAGAGGAUGCCCGAUGCUACCAUCCUACAGCCACAGUGUUGGAGAGGACACAAGUGUAGACAUGGACCUCAGGAGGAGCCUAGUGGAAAGCCAUCAUGUUCUGGGUCUGUUAGCUUCAAUCAGUGCCCUGAAUCUAGCCAGGAGGAAGGAAGCAAAUGAAGAUAUCCCAGGUGGUCCAAGGCCAUCGCAACAUCAUCACUAUUCAGAGCAGGGGCUGAAAGCCUGUCCAAUGCUGGCAGCUACAGGAGCCCCUGUGUCUACCCAGGUUCACAUCAGACACCUCCACGAGGUGCAUGGCCCUGCCUCACUCUUAGUAGAGGAUAUAAGGCUUCUUGAUAUAUUUGUUAUAACUCUGAGAAUUAAAUUGAUGUUUGUGAAAGACGAACUCAGAGAUUUCCCUGCAUCUUCUUUACAUAGGAAAAUUGGGCCUGUGGUGUUCAAAAGCCCCAGGAAAAUUAAGUUCAGGCACUAA